CGGCGUUAAAUAAAUGUAAGUAAUUUCACGCGGAGAAUUUAUAUUUGAAAUCAAAAUAUUUUUAGCGUCCGCUUCUGAAUCUAAAUCUUCACUAUCACUUGACUGUGUACAAAAUUCGGCAAAUUCUUUUCCCUCAAUCGAAGACGACUGCCAUUUUUUUGUUGUUGUGUGAAGUUACACGCCUCCAAAUUUGUAGGAAUGCGAUUUACAUUCAAGAGGAGUUGCUGCCUAACGCGGUUAUUUGACUGAAACAGAUCCAAAGAUUGGGUGUGAAACAGGGGAGAUGCCUGCCAAAAUGAAGUUGUGCCUCUGUUUCCUGCUACACAUUUUGCUCAUUACUGCUACGAAAAUUAAAGCGGGACCUGUGGAAGAUUUAAUCGACAGACUGCCGGGUCAGCCAGACGUAAAUUUCAAGCAAUACGGAGGCUAUGUUACGGUGGACGACAAAGCAGGACGGGCUUUGUAUUAUUAUUUUGUGGAAGCAGAGAAUGAUACACAAUCCACGCCUCUUACCUUGUGGCUCAACGGAGGGCCAGGUUGUUCUUCACUUGGAGGUGGUGCAUUUACUGAAUUAGGCCCUUUUUAUCCACUUGGAGAUGGUCGCGGACUUCAGAGCAAUUUACAAUCUUGGAACAAAGUAUCAAACCUCCUUUUUGUAGAAUCUCCUGCUGGAGUAGGCUGGUCUUACUCAAACACUACUUCAGAUUAUAAUUGCGGUGAUGAAUCUACAGCUACGGACAUGCUAGCAUUUCUUUCAAAUUGGAUUAAAAUGUUUCCUGAGUAUGCAUUCAAAGAUCUAUUUUUAGCUGGAGAAAGCUAUGCAGGUCAUUAUAUACCACAGUUAGCGGCUAAGGUGAUAGAAUAUAAUGAAGGAUACACAAGCUAUAAAUUCAACCUUAAGGGGGUAUUUAUUGGUAAUCCACUACUUGUACUUAAUGUUGAUACCAUAGCAACUUAUAGCUACUAUUGGUCACAUGGAUUGAUCUCCGAUGAAUCUAAUAUUUCUUUUAAGAAAAAAUGCAAAUUUGAUAAGAUCAUUGGAGGUGUUGAUGUUAUAAAUAUUUCCAAAGAGUGCAAUGACACAUUAAACAUGAUUGAAAGUGAAGUUGGUGAAAAUGUUGAUGCCUAUGACAUAAUAAUUGAUAUUUGUCCCACAGAGCUAAUCGAACAAGAGCUUCGAUUGCAAAAAAAGGUAACCCACAUGAGUCUUGGAGUUGACGUUUGUGUGAAUUAUGAAAGAUCAUUUUAUUUCAAUUUGCCUGAUGUUCAAAAAGCACUUCAUGCAAAUAUAACAAAGUUACCAUAUGGCUGGCAUAUGUGUAGCAGGGUCUUAAAUUACACUGAGCGUGACAUUGGAAUUAAUAUUAUUCCAGUGCUCAAGGAAAUUAUCACAAAUGGUAUACGUGUUUGGAUUUUCAGUGGAGACCAAGAUUCAGUAGUCCCUUUAUUGGGAACUCGGACUAAUAUUCGUCAUCUAGCCCAUGACUUGAAGAUGCCUAGAAGAAUACCUUAUCAUGCUUGGUAUCAUGAGGGACAGGUAGCCGGGUGGACAAAAUCAUAUGGAAACUUGUUGACCUUUGCAACAGUUCGAGGAGCGUCACAUAUGGUUCCAUAUGCUCAACCUGCUAGAGCAUUGGGUUUGUUUCAGUCAUUUUUAUUUGAUAAAGAUUUACCAAGUAAGCCUUGAUUUUUCUAAGGAUUAAAGGCAUUAGAUUAAUAAUUCCUUGUUCUUACAAAAUCCUUGUAUUUGCAUCAUUCAUACUCAUUUAUGAUGAUACGCAUUAUGUAUUGAUCCCCUUAAAGAUCUUGCAAUAAAAGAGAUGCUAACUAAAAAUGAUAUUAAAUAGUAAAUAUAAUUAUUUAUAUUUGAUCUUAUUA